AUGAGAAAAGGUCUAUUUAAAUCAACGACACUUUUUUGUACUUUUGAUAUCCGUAAUUUAUAUACUAUGUUACCACAAGAAGAAGCCUUAGAUAUUCUUGUUGAAUUUCUUCAUGUUCAUGGUUAUACAAAAGUCAAAGGAAUUCCUUUAGAAACAAUAAGAUUAUUAGCUUCAAUUGUAUUGAAAGAGAAUGUAUUUGUCUAUGGUAAAAAGAUUUAUCAACAAGUCCUUGGUGGUGCAAUGGGUUCAUCAUUUAGAUUGACAUUAGCAAAUAUAUUUAUGUGGAAAUGGCAAAAAGAACUUGUCCGCCGACAGGAUAUGACAUGUGAAUAUUAUGGACGGUAUAUUGAUGAUGUUUUUAUGACAUGGAAUAAAUCGGAAAAUGCAUUGAAGCAAAUAUUAGAAAAUGCGAAUGCUUGGCAUCCAAAUAUUAAAUUAGAAUAUAAAAUCGGUAAAAGUCUUCCAUUUCUUGAUAUUCUCCCUACAAAUAUCAAUGGCACUCUAUCAACCUCGGUCUAUCAUAAACCAGCAGCAGAACCCUAUGUUGUACCGUUUACUUCUGAUCAUCCUCGACAUGUAUUCGAUAACAUUGUACAAACAAGUCUUCGACGUGCAAUCAAAUAUUCAUCAACUUUUCAAUUAUUCAAUGAUGAGAGAAGAUAUAUUAAAUCAACAUUUUUGUACAAUGGUUAUCCUUCUUCAUUUAUCGACAAGACAUUCCGAAAAUUCUUCUCUGACUGCAUAUCAUCACGAUCAUUUCUCCCAUUUCUUGACAAUGAAGCUCAAUUCAUACAAAUGCGUAUUGCAUUAUCUGGACAACCAAGUCGACAACAAUCUCAAGUCGAAAUGAGAAUUGCAACACUUACGUAUGAUAAGGACCAUUUAGUUGAAGAUUUAGAUAAAAAAGAAGAAUUCAUCAUUCAAGAGAAUAAGAAACCAAACAAACUUCAAAAUAAACUUAUAAUUCAUUAUACACACGAGAAAAGAUUCAAUACACGUAAGCGAGACUUGCAUCGUAUCUUUCAAGAAACAUUCGCCAAUACUCAAAUAAUCGAAACAAAACUGAUCGUUGGAAACAGAAAUCAGAAAAGCACAAUGAAAGAAAUGAUCCGAAAAUGUCCAAGACAGGCAAUAUUAAAAAACAAAGCUAAACCAAGUAUGAUCAGCGAUAAAAAAAAAGUAGUCUUUAAAAUAUUAUAG